AGUUGUUUUUUUGCAUUAGCCGGGUGGUUCGUGUACAGCAGCGGCAGAGGAAACAUGGCCCGUCGCGCGUCCUUCCUGCUGUCUGCAAUCUGCUUGGUGUCAGCUUUGUGGCUGCUGUCCGGCACGUGCUUCGUGGCCCCGCAGAAGCUGGCAGAAGCGCCAAAGAUCCAGGCUGAGGCAGCAGCUGCCCCUGUCGCAUUGGCCGCUUUGGUGGCAGCAGUGCCGGAAGCCGCCUACGCUGGCAAUUCAGGCUACGCGCUCUUGCAGCUGGGCUGGGCAAUCUUCAUCAUCAGCUUGGGCCCCGCGGUGCUCUUCUGGAUCUACUUCAACAAGCCGGAGCUCCUGUGAGUUGCAAGGCGAGUGCACGUCAGUGUAUUUAUUUUUGGGGGGGUUGCCCCAUGGUGAG